UGCCGUUACAAUCCUACGUCCGGACUCCAGUGCACAGCAACGCUGUAAAACCCUAAUUGAACAAUCAGAAGCCAAAACCCUGAAGAAGAUAUGGGAAAAAUCCCACUUUCAUUACGUUCAGCAGUGGCAACGCCAGCAAUAACCAAGAAGAAAUCACUAAUUCACGCAGUGCCUCCAUCUCCAUCUGAGAAAUCUCAUUGCUUCACCAAGAAAAAACCAUCCCAAAUUCCCCAGAAAGCCAAUGUUCUAGCCUCCACUGGAACCCAACAACAAAGGCCCCUCUUCAAGUCUCCGGAACUCGAUGACGCCAAGAAACUCUUCAAUUCAUUCAUUUCCACCUCCCGGGUUCCUCUCGAUCUCCGCUUCCACAAUUCUUUUCUCCAAUCCUACGCCUCAAUUUCCACCAUUGAUAACUCCAUCUCUCUCCUCAACCACAUGGUCAAAACUCUCCCUUCCUUCAUCCCUGACCGAUCCACUUACCAUAUUUUGCUCUCCCAGUCCUGCAGAACAACUGCUCCCUCCCUUUCCCCUGUUCACCAGACUCUCAAUCUUAUGGUCAAUAAUGGGUUUAAGCCCAAUCAAGUUACUGUUGAUAUUGCAGCACGCUCUCUGUGCUCUGUUGGUCGAGAAGAUGACGCUGUUGAAUUGGUAAAAGAAUUAUCCUUAAAGCACUCCAAGCCUGAUACUUUCACCUAUAAUUUUCUUGUUAAGUGCUUGUGCAAGUGUAGGGCAUUGAGUAAUGUUUAUAAUUUUAUCGAUGAAAUGAGGUCUUCAUUUGAUAUAACGCCUGAUCUUGUUACUUAUACUAUUUUAAUUGAUAAUGUUUGUAAUUCUAAAAAUCUCCGUGAGGCUACAAGAUUGGUCGGUGUAUUAAAAGAGUGUGGAUUUAAGCCCGAUUGCUUUGUGUAUAAUACAAUUAUGAAGGGUUACUGUAUGUUGAGUAGAGGAAGUGAGGCCAUUGAGGUUUAUAACAAAAUGAAGGAAGAAGGAGUGGAGCCUGAUCUUGUUACAUAUAAUACUUUGAUUUUUGGGUUAUCAAAAUCUGGAAGAGUGAGUGAAGCUAGAAAGUACCUGAAAAUCAUGGUUGAAUCAGGUCAUUUUCCUGAUGCAGUUACUUACACUUCGUUGAUGAAUGGCAUGUGUAGAAAAGGGAAUGCAUUGGGUGCAUUGGCAUUGCUAGCGGAGAUGAAAGAAAAAGGCUGCAGUCCAAACUCGUGCACUUAUAAUACAUUGCUUCAUGGGUUAUGCAAGGGGAGAUUGUUGGAUAAAGGCAUCAAGUUGUAUCUAGUGAUGAAGGAAGGUGACAUGAAGCUUGAGACAGCUUCAUAUGCUACAUUUGUAAGGGCCCUUUGCAGGGAAGGUAAGGUUGCAGAGGCUUAUGAGGUGUUUGAUUAUGCCGUAGAGAGUAAGAGUUUAAGUGAUGUUUCUGCUUAUACAACAUUAGAGAGUACACUGAAGUGGCUAAAGAAAGCCAAAGAGCAAGGUCUAGCUGUUUAACUGAAACUACUCUGGCUAAUGAUGAUGGAAGUUAUGGAAAGAGUUUAUGUAUAAUACUCCUCAAACCUAUUAAGGCGUAUAAAAUUAUGCUUGGUGUGUAGAAAUCUCUUCAGAUGCCUCUCAAGGAAGACCUACAGAAGCUGCUACUGCAAAUUGGGUAACUGUCCCUUAAUGAAGGAAUUUUAAUACUCACUUACUUUGUGGGCAUAAUAUUAGUGCUAUCUUUUCUUUGUUGUUGAUUAGCUUAUGUGAGAUCACAGAGUGUAUCAUCAAGUUUUGGUGGAAGUAGAUUUUCCUUGGAA